AUGGACUCCGAGUACAUCCGGAAACAUCUUGGAAAGUGUCUGGCAGAGGGACUGGCUGAGGUGGCCGAGCAGCGCCCCUUCAACCCCGUCCUGUGCCUUGCUCACUGGCUCCUCAAACACAACACAAAUGUCCAGGAGGAAAAGGGGAAAAAGGCCCAAUUAGCUCUGCUGGAGAAGGAGCAGGCAAAAGCCAGAGAGGAGGAGCUGAAGGCCAGCGAGGCCCUGGAGGAGGCCAAAAAAGUUACAGAUACUGUAACUGAGAGACAAGCUGUGGAGGAGGCGAGCUCUGUUCUCACUGAGACCCUCACUGAGACCCUCACUGAGACCCUGAGCACUGACCUCGGGGGGGAGGCCACAGAGACACCAGUCGACAGAAGCAAAGUGGAGUCGAGGAGCGAUCAAGCAGAAGAGGAAGCAAAAGAGGAGCCACGUGAUAAUGAUGAAGAGGAGAAAGCUGAGGAGACGAGCACCAAUCAGGCAGAGGAGGAACACAAAGAGGAGGUGAUGAGACUCUACGGUCAAAUUACAUCCAAACUAUUUCUGUCUGUUUAUCUGGAUGGUUUGUAUCACAUGAAAAGAUGA